AUGGUGCUAGGCUGCGAUUCCGUUGUCGGUGAACUCGGCGCGGCCGCCACCAAACUGGACCCGUCCUGCAACAUCGGACUGUUCUCCGCGCUCAGGCCGGCCAUGGACCUGUCGACGGCCGCUUACCGGUACAACCAGAACAUGAUGGAAUACUACACGUGUCACGGUGGUGUAAAUCAACUGGGCGGAGUGUUCGUAAACGGCCGACCGUUACCGGACCUGGUCAGGCAAAGGAUAGUCGAACUGGCUCACAACGGGACCCGACCGUGCGACAUAUCCAGGCAGCUCAGAGUUUCUCACGGAUGCGUUUCGAAAAUCUUGUCCAGGUACUACGAAACUGGUAGUUUCAAAGCCGGAGUAAUCGGAGGUAGCAAACCGAAAGUGGCUACUGCGCCUGUUGUAGAUUCCAUAGCGAACUACAAACGAGAGAAUCCUACUAUGUUUGCUUGGGAAAUCCGAGACAGACUGUUGGCAGAAGGCGUUUGUACACAAGACAACGUACCCAGCGUUUCGUCAAUCAAUCGGAUCGUCCGAAACAAGGCGGCUGAGAAGGCGAAACAUGUGCACAACCAGCAGCAGAGCCUGCACCACCAGCAGAACAGCAACAGCAACGGUAGCACGGGUGUUCCGCCGAGUCAACAACACCAUCAGCAGCAACAGCAACAGCAGCAACAGCAACAACAGCAACAGCAACAGCAGCAACAAGGUCCCGGUCCUGUGUCGGUGAUCGCCCACGCGCCGGCCCCGCAACAGUCGGCCGGAGGUGGCGGCCACCUCCAUGACCGGUACAGCAUAAACGGCAUACUCGGUAUACCGCAACACGACCCCAACGGUAACGUGACCACGGCCAAGCGGAAACGAGAUCUGGACCAUCACCACCAUCACCAGCAACACCAGAAUCACCAUCACACGGACGAAAACCGAGACCUGAACGGCCACGCGGACCACCAGCAGCAAAUCAAGAGGGAACGAUCUCAAGUGCACUACAACGGCGACGCGUCGCUGUAUUCAAAUGUAUCUCUUUGGCCCGGAAAGUGGUGUUUGAAAGACGAACACAAAUUGUUCUCGGAACUGAACGCCGCGGGCGUCACGUCCGGCGGCGGCACGUCACCGUUCUACGACGCCAAUCAGACGGCGUUCUCGGCGACACCGCUGUCGUCCGACCUGUACGAGAGCAUGCAGGCCCAACCGCCGCAGCAACAGGCCCAGAACGCGACGCCUGUCUACACGCCGCCCGUGCCCACCACGCUCGUAGGCGGAGUCACUCCCCUUGCCCCGUUAACGAUGCAAGAGAUCCAAAAGAUGAGUCCUAGUACCGUUUUAGAUCAUACCCAUCUGUCGCCCGUACAGUACCACACAGAUAGCGGUACCGCCCCUGGUGGGUUUAGUAACGGCGGCGGUGCCGGACCUCAGCAGUCCGGCGGCGUCUCCCUGUCGUUGUCAGCGGCUGACGUCACGCCCGCCGGAUCGCCCGACCCGUCGAGCUUGACCGUGUUGCAACCGGCCAACAACAACCAGAACAACGGUACGGUGUACGCUGCCUCGGCGCCCACCAUGUUACCGGGUUUCACCACACACUACGCCACUGCAGGCGCCGGCACCGAAUACGCUUCGUACACGAGCUCGCCCUACAACCAGUACGCGUCGUCCCCAUAUGCCGGUUACAGUUACAACCCUACAGGCACCAGCGGUCUUCUCAAUCACCGUUACUACUACAACAACAGCAACGGCCACAAUAACAACGCUCACGAGAUCUGCGGCAACGAGACGGGCAGCAGCGCCAGCAUGGCAGCCAGAUCGCCGGUGGCGGCCACGAGGGCGAACUCGGCGGCCUGCGCCAGUGCCUCGUCGCCGCUGGGCAGCGCGUCAUCGCCGUGCCAGGCCAACAACCCGGGCGCAGUGACGUCGCCUUACGUCGGCAUAAGUUAG